AUGGAGCUUCUAUUUCUUCUUCUAUCUUCCUUUCUCUUCAUUCUCUUCCUCCUCCAUGCCCUUGACCGUCAUCGGAGAAGAAGAUUACCUCCGGGACCCUCCGGCCUCCCCAUUAUCGGAAACCUCCUUGACCUUGGACCAAAUCCCCAUGAAUCCCUAGCCAAACUCUCACAGAAACACGGUCCACUUAUGACCAUCCGAUUGGGCAGCAUCACCACCGUGGUGGUAUCCUCACCGGAGGCCGCCAGAGAAAUCCUCCAACGCAACGACGAAGCCUGCUCCGGCCGUGUUGUUCCAGACGCUGUCACCGCCUUAGAACACCAUGACGUGGCGGUUCUGUGGAUCUCAGCAAAUGAAGAAUGGCGGACCAUCAGAAAAGCCCUCAACACAUACCUCACCCACCAACACAAACUCGACACCCUUUGCGGCCUUCGUCAGAGCGUGGUCGAUGAGAUGCUGGAGUUCCUUCGGGAGUCUGGCCGGAAAAAGGAGGUGGUGGAUGUCGGAAAGUUGGCAUUUGCGGUGGCACUCAACCAGAUGUCAAAUACAAUUCUUUCACAGAAUGUGACUAGAUAUGAUUCCGAUGAUAUCGGAGGGUUUAAGGAAGCUGUAAGGACAUUAAUGGUGGUGGACGGAAAGUUUAACAUAGCAGAUAUAUUUCCGGUGCUGAAGCCAUUGGAUCCUCAGAACAUCCGGCGGCAGGCGAAGGCGGCGUAUGGUUGGUUUGAUAAAGUGAUAGAUGGGUUUAUAAACGAGAGGUUAAAGCAUCGAGAAUCGAAGCUUCCAAGAUUUGGUGAUAUGUUGGAUUCAAUGCUGGAUUGCAGUGAAGAUAAAGAAGAUGGUUUCAAUCGCAGACACAUCAAAGCGUUGCUUGUGGAUCUAUUUCUAGCAGGAACAGAAACAAGUGCAAACUCAACAGAAUGGGCAAUGACCGAAUUGUUGCUUAACCCUCAUAUGUUCUCAAGGGUCCGCCAAGAAGUCUCCACGAUAGUGGGGAAAGAUGGAAAUAUUGAAGAAGCCAAAGUCAUCAACUUGCCUUAUCUACAAGCUGUUAUCAAAGAAACGAUGCGACUUCAUUUUUCCGUUCCUCUGUUAGUGCCUCACAAAACAGAGACUGAUGUUAAAAUCGGUGAAUACGUUCUCCCAAAAAACACCCAAAUUAUGGUGAACGCAUGGGCCAUGGCACGUGACCCAAGGUACUGGGAAAACCCGUUGACGUUUAUGCCUGAGAGGUUCUUGGAAAACAAGAUUGAUUACAGGGGACAACAUUUUGAGUUUAUACCAUUUGGAUCGGGACGAAGGAUGUGUCCCGGAAUUGCCUUAGCUCGUAGGGUGGUGAGUUUAAUGGUGGCAUCCUUUGUUUAUCAUUUUGAUUGGAAGCUUCCACACGCUAACGAAGAAAUCGACAUGAAUUGCAUAUUUGGAAUUACAUUGCUUAGGGCAACACCUCUGGUUGCUACUCCGAUACCCAUCAAGUAA